AUGACAGGCAACCGCCCACGAUGUGACGACGCAUUUCCAUCAACCACGGACAACCUCGUCACCACCAACCUUCACCUACAAUCUACUCGGCAACGCGAUGAGCUCCGACACCACCGUGAACAAGCAGUCGACGAGUUUUUUGAUAAGACCACAAACAAGCUCGAUAGUCUCGAAGACGUCCAAGCGGAGCUGAUCAAGGCCCAAUCUGCAUACAUCGAAGCCAGCAGGGACCACAUCGCGCUCCUGGCCGAGGGUAUCUCACAUAGGGACAUCACUAUCGCCGGGGCAGGAUCGGGCUUCCCCAUCAGUUACAAGCACAAUCCGUACGAUCUGGCGGCACGAACGGAGAAGGCAUCUGCUGAGCAGCUCGCGGUGUUGGCUAAGAGGAUGGACGAGCUGAGUGCCAUUCACUCGUUCCUCAGGAGGAGCUCUUUGACCAAGGAUCUUGGUGAGGAGCGUAACCUGAAAUGUGCAAGGCGGGAGGACUAG